AAACCCUAGUUAUUGAUCUUCGUUUUCGAUGGAUCCGUACUACGAACAGAGGUUACGAGACGAAGUUAUUUACCUCCAUUCUCUAUGGCACCGAGGUCCUCUUUAUAGGUCAUUGCCAUAUACCACUCUACAACCUUACAAUUCCACAAAUUUCAAAAAACACAAGAAAAAGUCCAAAUCGAACGCCAGACAAUCGAAAAAGGUCGGCAGUUUUUCUGGCAAGGAAUGGCCGGUGAAACCUCUCUCCGCCGAUCCUCCGCUGACUCAAUCUGGAUGGCCGGAAUUGAAACUAAAACCUAACCCACAACAAACACCUCGUUUGCCCACACCAGAAGACCUAGAAAAGUACAACUGGAAUCAGAUCCAUCAAAAGGCAUUAAAGGCCGCGAAAGAAUUUUUUGCGAGAAAUGGUGAGGAUAGCGAUGAAGAAGACGAUGACGUCGAUGAUAUGGAUGAAGAUGAUGAAGAUGAUGUUCAAGACGAAGAGUAUGAUUUCUUUUGGAAAUUGUUUAAUGAGGAUGAAGAAUUGAAGGGUUAUUAUGUAAAGCAUUGUGGCGGAGGAGGUGAGUUUUCAUGUCUGGUAUGCGGCGGAGCUAAUGAGAAAUAUCGGAAAAGGUUUAAGGAUUGUAUUGCUCUGGUUCAGCAUUCAAUUUCGAUUGCGAAAACGAAGAAGUUAAGAUCACAUAGAGCUUACGGGCAAGUUGUUUGUAAGGUUCUUGGGUGGGAUAUUGAUCGGCUUCCUUCUUCCAUUGUUGCAGAUUAUAAGGGAAAUGGUGUUAAUGCUGAUAAAGAUGUUAACAAUGGUGGGGAUAACGCGGGUUUAAACAAGAAUACUGACAAUGGAGAGUCGAAUUUACAGGUGGAUCCUAAUGGAAGUUGUCAUGAUGUUUCGGAAAUUGUUGAUGAUGAAUCGAUGGUUUGUGAGGGAAAUGAUGUUAAUGUGGAUAAAGAUGUUAAUAAUGAUGGGGAUAAUGAGGGUUUAAACAAGAUUAUUGAUAACGAGGAGUCAAAUUUACAGGUGAAUCCUAAUGGAAAAGGUCAAGAUGUCACGAAAACCAUCGAUGCUGAAUCAAUGGUUUGUGAGGACUUGCCGGUUGUAGCAAUUGUAGAAGAAGAAAAUACCAAGAAACAGGUCUUGAACGAGGCAGAAGGGAGCUCAGGGGGAGCUGUCACCAAUCUUUGCAGGAAUCUGUCGUCAACAAUGGUGCUGGAACAACCACCACCGCCCGCCAGCAACAACAGUGCAGUUGCAGACUAACUGAUAAGGUCUAAGAGUCAUAAUCGAUGAUUGAACUAGCAAAUUGAUAGCAUAGCGAGACUAGUAAGACCAUCUGUAAAUUUAUGUAGGCUGUAGGUUAUUAUUUCAUAGUCGCUAGUUUCAUCGAGCAGUUGUUGAUCUAAACAUAAUCAUGCAUCGAGGUGAUGCAUUGAGUUUCAAUACAAUGUUAAUUAUAAAUUAAUUUAACAUGA